AUGGUUAAAUCCUACCUGGGCAAGGCGGGCACUGGAGCUGGCCAAGCCAUAGUCGCCGCCAAUGAGGAGGUUCUCGUGUGGGACAUCAAGAAGGGCGAGCUGCUGAGCCGCUGGCGGGACGAGAACUGCAGGGCCAAGGUGACGGCCAUCGCCCAGAGCAGGAUCGACCCGGAUGUUUUCGCGGUGGGCUAUGAAGAUGGCAGCAUUCGCAUCUGGGACAGCAAGAUCGCUACAUCGGUCGUGAGCUUCAACGGGCACAAGUCGGCCAUCACCAUCCUCGCCUUCGACAAGACGGGCGUGCGCCUCGCCAGUGGCGCCAAGGACACCGAUGUCAUCGUCUGGGAUCUGGUUGCCGAGGUUGGGCAAUACAAGCUGCGCGGACACAAAGACCAGGUUACGGGGUUGCAUUUCGUCGAACCGGACCCGGUACUGCAGGGCGAGGGCGAGGAAGAGCAGGCCUUGAUGGCUGUGGACACCGAGGCGGCCGAGGGAUUCCUCCUAACGACGGGGAAGGAUGCGCUCAUCAAACUCUGGGAUCUCACUUCGCGCCAUUGUAUCGAGACGCAUGUUGCGCAAACAAAUGGCGAGUGCUGGGCGUUAGGGGUGACCCCUGACUUCAACGGAUGCGUGACGGCAGGCAACGACGGCGAGAUGACGGUAUGGGCACUGGACGUGGCCGCGCUGGCGUCGUCAGCGCAAAAAGUCGACCUUUCACAAUCCAUCAACUUUCUCCGAGACAGGGGGACAUUGCACCGGAAUAGCAAAGAGAGGGCAGUUGAAGUCAUCUUCCACCCGCGGCGCGACUAUUUCGCCGUACACGGGGUCGAGAAGUCGGUCGAGAUUUGGAGGAUACGGAACGAAGCUGAGAUCAAGAAAAGCUUAGCAAGAAAAAAGAAGAGGAGGAGAGAGAAACUGGCCAAAGACAAGAAGGCGGACGGGGAUCAGGAGAUGGACGAUGCCGACGAUAAGGCCGACGACAUCGCCCAGGCUGAUAUUUCUGACGUGGUGGUGCAGCAUGUCAUUGUCAGGACAACGGGCAAGGUGGUGGUUGUGGGGACUAAGGAGGGAGAGCUCCAACUAUACGAUGUUGCCUCGGCAGCCUUGUUGGAGACCGUUGACGCGCACGAGGGUCAUGCCAUCUGGUCACUACAGGUCCACCCAGACGGCAAGUCGGUGGUGUCUGGCGGUGCCGACAAGACGGCCAAGUUCUGGGACUUCAAGAUCGUCCAGGAACAAGUACUGGGCACGACCAGGACAACGCCGAAGUUAAAGCUCGUUCAAUCAAGGAUACUCAAGGUGGCCGACGACAUUCUCAGCUUGCGGUUCUCGCCCGACGCAAAGCUCAUAGCCGUCGCCCUUCUUGACAGCACCGUCAAAGUCUUUUUCGUCGACACCCUUAAGCUCUACCUUAACCUUUACGGCCACAAGCUUCCCGUGCUCAGCAUGGACAUAUCGUACGAUAGCAAGCUCAUCGUGACCAGCUCCGCUGACAAGAACAUCCGGAUCUGGGGUCUCGACUUUGGUGACUGCCACAAAGCCCUUUUCGGCCACCAAGACAGUAUCCUGCAGGUCGCCUUCAUCCCGCACAACUCGGACGGCAACGGCCGACACUUCUUCAGCGCCAGCAAGGACCGCACUAUCAAGUACUGGGACGCCGACAAGUUCGAGCAGAUCCAACGCAUUGACGGCCACCACGGCGAGAUCUGGGCCCUCGCCGUCAGCCACUCCGGAAACACCCUCAUCUCCGCUAGUCACGACAAGAGCAUCCGCGUGUGGGAAGAAACCGACGAGCAGAUCUUCCUCGAAGAAGAACGAGAGAAAGAGCUCGAAGAGCUCUACGAAUCCACCCUCACCACCUCUCUAGAACAAGACCCCGACGAGCAGGACCAAGACCGCGAAGUGGCCGCCGCCUCCAAACAAACCGUCGAGACGCUCAUGGCCGGCGAGCGCAUUGCCGAGGCGCUGGAGCUGGGCAUGGCCGACCUCAACACCCUGCGCGAGUGGCGCGACGCACGGCAAACUAAUCCUGGCAUCGCCCCUCCACAACGCAACGCCAUCUUCAUCGCGCUGGGCAACAUCACGGCCGAGACCUACGUGCUCAACACCCUCCAACGGAUCAAGGCCUCGGCACUGCACGAUGCGCUACUGGUGCUCCCCUUCGCGGCGGUGCCCGCGCUCUUCACCUUCCUCGACCUCUUCGCGGCGCGCGAGAUGAAUGUGCCCCUGACCUGCCGCAUCCUCUUCUUCAUGCUCAAGACCCACCACCGCCAGAUCGUGGCCAGCCGCACCAUGCGCGCCAUGCUCGAGGCCAUCCGCGCCCACCUGCGUCGCGCCCUGCGCCGCCAGAAGGACGAGAUGGGCUAUAAUAUCGCUGCGCUGCGCGUGGUGGGCAUGCAGAUGCGCGAGCAGAGUGUUAAGGAGUAUGUGGAUGAGAAUUGGGAGGCGGGCAAGGAGGAGGGUGGGGGGAGGAAGAGGGGGUUUGUGGAUGUUUCGUAG